GCUCUUUUUCAAACGUCAAACGCGUUUUCUUCUGCCAGUGAUCGGUUCGUGCGGUUUUACGUCGUGCGAGGUGAAAAACACGUAGAUUUUCCGAUUUUGCAGUGGAAAAUUACAAAAUUGUUGGUUAUUCGGCUAAGGAUAAUUAGUGCUAGAGACUGUGCGCUUAGUUUUUCCCGCGUGCUGCUAAUUUGUUGUGGAGAAUUUUGUGUUCUGUGAUUAGGAAGUCGGUAAAGGUUGAACAGACGGGUUGACCCCAUCGGUAGCGCUAAAUCUUCCGGGGAAGAAAGGAUUUUUUUUCAUAUGCACUCUUGAAGAGGUAGUGAUCAAGAAGGAAAAGUGGGCAGGCACAAGGAAUAAGAAGAGUGAUAUUUUGGUUUUGAGGAAAUAAUGGCAUCGCUCGCCAAAGGCGAUAAACUUUCGCCUUCAUCAGCGGCGAAGAAGUUGAAACAAUCCAGACUUCCAUUUCAGAUUUUGAGUGGAUCACCGGUGGCUUUUUCGGAACCAACGAAAACAACUCCUUCACGUAAGCGCAAGCCCUCGAUCGAAGCGGACGUAAACAGGGCUACUAAAAUUGGUCGCACUUCGGAAGCCAAAGAAAAUGUCAAAGAUCCUGUUGAAGCGGUCGUAGUUUUAGAUGAGGAGAGUAUAGAGGCACCGACUGAAAGCGUUGCUCCUACAGUUGAAAUACAGGAAGAAAGUUUAUCGCAAACUCCUACGAAAAAGGCCGAUGAAAGUAAUGACGCAUCUGGUAGUGCGAAAAAGGAUGACCGAAUUAUGAUCAAGUUUCCCGUAGGGAAGAAAAAGGCCCGUAAGAGUAAUGCCGGGGAAGGAUCAGCGAAGAAAAAGGGUCAAAAGGAGAAAAAGAAGCAACGUAAGUUGGAUAAGAAAACUAAAGGCAACGAAUCAGUCGAGCCAGCGGAAGAAUCGAUUAUGAUCGACGAUGAUAGCGACCUGUCAGAUGCAGAGAAGGAAGAUGAAAAAGGUGUGGUGAAAGUUACAGAUACUCCCGAGGAUAACAAACAAGAUCAGGACGAAGAGGAUAAGAUCGAACAAAAUAAUGUAGAAUCUGCUGCAGUGAUUUCUUCUCAAGAUGAUGCGGUUGAAGACCAGGAGGAAUCGAUGAAAGUUGUAGCAAGCGUAGAAACAUCAGAAGACAAAUCCGCAGUUCCGAACACAACUAAAGACAAGUCAGACGAAGACAAGUCGGGCGCAGAUACUGAAAUCGAAAACAAAUCUGAUAAGUUGACCGAAGUCGAGAAAGUUGAUGAAAAAUCAGAUACUGCAGUCAAAUCUGAUGAGCAAAUAAAUGAAUUGAAGCAGAAAGUUGAGGACGAAGCAGUUACUCCUCGUCGUAUGCGUCUUCCGAGAGCAGCUACACAGAAAACUAAUGAAUCUGAACUGCAAAAAGCUGAAGGCACCCCAAAACGGAGCAAAUCGACGAAGAAAUCCCCUGCUGAUGAAAAGUCAGCUUCUAAAACACAGAAAAGGCAAAGUUCUGCUGAGGUGGAUUCGCCUCAGGUCAAGGACAAACCGAACACUGAAAAUAAAAAGGAAAAUGAGAAAACAAAGAAAUCAAGCGCUGGUGCAUUGGAUAAAUUGUUUGCCAAAAUUCAAACCGAAAACAAGAAAAAGCCAAAUGAUUCGACUGAAAUUCUGAAGACACCAGAAAAAAAUCCUUCCAAAGCGGAUGACGAACUCAUGGAGGUCGAUCAGCAGGAAGAAGCUGGCGCUAAAAAUCCCAACACCAGCGCCAUUAGCGUCACUAUCUGUUUGGACGAGUCCAACGAUGGCGCAGCGGAUGGUGACGACGAGGAAAAUGCCUACAUGUUGUGCACGCCCAACUCGAAGGAGCGCUCCUUGCUGUCGGAUAGCAAACAGGAGAAAAAACUCACUCCCAAGCAGUUAGCGCGGAGGAAAGAAGCCGAACAAAGACACGCUGCUAAAUUGCAAGAAAUGGAGGAAAAGAAGAAAAAGAAGCUAGAGGAAAAGGAAACCAAGCAACGUGAGAAGGAAGAACAGGAACUGUUGAAGAAGAAGGAAAAAGAGGAAAAGGAGGAACAGAAGCGCAAGGAACGGGAAGAGAAGGAAGAGCAGAAACGCAAAGAGAAAGAAGAGAAGGAGGAACAAAAACGCAAGGAAAAAGAAGAGAAGGAACGGAAAAGGCUAGCGGAAGUGGAAGCGAAAACCGAAGAAAAGCGCAAGAAGGAGGAACAAAAGGAGGAAGAACGGAAGAAGAAGGAAGAGGAAAAAGAAGCAGAGGUGAAGCGUAAACAGAAGACUGCGCAGGCCUUCCAGAGUUUCUUCGUAAAGAAACCAGUGCAAAAAGAUUUGAAACAAUCGGAUGAUGAGAACUCGAUGGAUCGUCAGUCUGUAGGAGACGGUAUCGAUGUGGUGCCUCGCUUGGCAUUCAUGCCCUUCUGUGUGAAGGGCGAUAUGCGAUUGGCUCCAGUGUGCAGAGUAUUCCUGGGAAUGGAACGCAAAAAGCGUUUGGAAGAAAUGUUACUUGAACCCGACGCAGGAAAGAACGAACGGAAUGGAUUGUACCUGCAGCAGUUGAAAAACAAAAACUACGUGGUUGGCAAAUGCGAACGUACAAAAACGGCACCGGAUGACGAGGGGGAGGACGACGAUGUAAUGAUCGUAGAUGAUAACGUGUGUCAUCAGAUCGAAGUAGACCCGGCAGCUUCCCCAUCCCGCCGCUAUCGUGCCAAGUACUUCCUAUUUGAGGAAAACCGUCGUCCGCCGUAUCGGGGAACGUGGCGGAAGCAAAGCACGCAGAUCAAACCACGACGCCCCUUCGUCCAGGAUACUAAAUUCUUCGAUUACGAAGUCGACUCGGAUGACGAGUGGGAAGAGGAGGAACCGGGCGAGUCGCUCCACGGCAGUGACGACGAAAAGGAUGUCGACCCAGUCGAAGAAGACUACGAAGUGGACAACGAUUUCUUCGUGCCGCAUGGUCACUUGAGCGACGAAGAGAUGCAAGCAGAGGACGACGUCAUUGAGGACAACAGUCCGGAAACCCAGAAGGCUAAGUUGAAAAUCAUGCAGCAAGAAUUUGCCGCCGAAAUGAAGAAGAAAACGGAGAAAAUCAAACCUCGCCUUAUCGGUUGCCUGUGGGAGAAUGGACCCGGUGAGGAACCAGAAUGUUCAGCCGUGAUUAGGGAAAUCCUCAAAGCCCGAGCCAUGUUGUUCGAUCCAGAGGAACCCAUUUCGUUUACUGUGCAGAAAAAUGAGCCGGAAUCGAACAGUUCAUCACCUUCGAAAGAAAAGGAACAAACCGAGCGAAAGCUCAAACAGAUCAAACUGGUGGACGAGGGUGUGAAGGAGCUGAUUACACUCAUCCACGGAAGCGCUCUGAAUAGAAAGUUCCUAAUAAAAGAAUUCUUGGCAUACUGGGCCAAGCGGAGGGACGAGGGAGAAAUUAACGCGCCACAGUUCGCUCACGAUAGUAUUAGGACGAAAAUUCUGCAAGUUGCCAGCUGGAGACCCUGCCCAGAUGAAGGGCCAAUGCAGAACAAAAUGUGUUGGUAUGUAAACAAAGAAGCACUGGUCAAAUACGGUUUGAUAGACUUGAAAAUACCCACUGGAUGGGAGUUCAUUCUGAAACCUAUCAUCAAAAGCAAGAAGGAGAAAAAACCGAGAAAGGAAGAUGCAGUGAAGGACGCCGAGGAUGAUGGUGAUAAGAAAUCGGAAACGAAAAAGGAAUCUCCUAAAGAUAAACAGAAAAAUGAUGGACCGCAAUCGACUCCUAGCUCAGCAUCGAAAUCAAAAACACCUGCCGCCCCUGCCUCCAACAUCACCAAGUUCACGAAAAAACUCUCCGAAGACGACAAACGGAAACAGUUUGCAGCGAAGGGUCGCAAAUCUGCCACCGCAUCGCCCAACAACGGAAGCAGAAAAUCUGCCGCUGUCUCCUCGCCGGUGGUCGCUUCGCCCAGUUCGGACGCAAAACCGGCCACCAAAAAGCGUGUCCAACUGCUGAUGUCAGUGCCACGGGGGCAAAGCAUAAAUCAGACCACCAAGAGCAAUCUAAUCAGCCAGUUUCUGGCCAAAGGUGGGACCACCACAAGCAGUGAUAAGGGCAGUGCGAAGGUGCCGGAAUCGAUGGAGGUUGAUCCUCCCGUCGCGAAUGGAAACCACGGUGGACAAGCGACCGAGCCUGGCGAAGUCAUUGUUUUAGAUGAUUAGGGCUAAGCUUUUUUUUUAUUGAGCAAUGGGUUCGGAGUGUAUCAGUCGUUGCAAAUAAAAUAUUUUGUAAUUUAUUACACACUAAUUAUGAUCGAUAUUGCUUUAAGGAUCCAUGAUUUUCCUCUUAUAUAUUAUAUUAUAUUAGUCAUAAGCAUAUUUAGCUCAAUAGUUAUACAGUUAUCGCUACUAACCGUAUCUAGUACUGUUACUCAGUUCAGGCGUUUUUAAUUGAGAAAUAUACAAAAGAAUAGAAUAGCAU